UAAAAAUAUUUGUUUAAAUUUAGUAAUACCAAUAUAAUAAGUGAAAAUUAAAAAAUGUCUAGAGGAAAACAAAUUCUAAAUAUGCUAAAUGCCGAUGGUAAGUAAAAUCAUAAUUUAUUUUCCACUGGUAGUGGUAGAAUAUUUUUACUGUAAUCUAAAAUUAUCCAGUUGUUUCUGUAUGUAUAAUGUGUACACAGAAUAAAUAAAAUAAAUGGGAUAUUGUUUUACAGAUGAACAAGAGAAUGUUCGUAUAUAUUGUUCAGAUAAGGAAACUGUAUUAGAAAAUUGCAAUAAAAGAUGUACAAAUGCUGACAAUUACUUGGAAGGGAUUAUACCAAUGCAGAAAACCUUUCCUUCUGAGCAACAUGCCCGAGAUGAGUCUGAGAUGUCCUACGCCAGUAGCGUUGCUGCAUCACUUCCAGAUGAAAUUCAGGAUCUAUUAGAUUUUUCAUCAGAUGAUAGUAUUGCAGAUCCAAAUUUUGUCCCUGCGCAGGAUGAAAAAUAUGAUAGCUUUGCCGCGGACAGCGAUAUAGUAGAAAGAAAAAAAAGAAGAGCCAAUUCAGAAGAAGAUAUAAAUAAUACUGCAGUAGACAAAUAUAACUUAGACGGGCCAGUCCACGAGAAAGUUAAAAAACGCACGAACAAAGAAACGAGAAAAAUAAGACAAGAGAGACGAGAAAAACGAAAUUUUGGUAAGGCGUAUGUUACAAGAACUGGAAAAGAGAUUAAAGAAAAAACUAUGCAAGAACUGAAAUUAUGUAGAAAUAAGUGCAAGGAAAAAAUAAAGGACGAAGUUCGCUUGCAACUUUUUAAAGAAUUCUGGGAAAUGGGAAGCUACAAUCGUAAGUUAGAAUAUAUAGCUGCUCUCAUGGAUGUUAAAGAGAAGAGUUCUAUGCGAAUUAGGUGUUCUGACCCAAUCAAACAACGGUACCGACAGCAUACCAUAAUUUAUCAUUUCCCUCUUCAUGGCGUUCGUUCUGUUGCUUGCAAGGACUGUUUUAUGAAAACUUAUAAUAUUAAUAAGAAAUUCAUAGAAGUUAUAGUAGCGAAAAAAUGUUCUCAAAUAUCAGGCGUAAUGACAUUAGACCAACGAGGAUAUCAUGAAAAUCGGAAGAAGGUAUCAGAUGAUGAAAAAAUAAGGGCAAGGGAUCACAUUUUAUAA